AGGCCCGGCCUUCCAGAGAGGGAGGCGGAGUGCUGGUUGGAACCGGCCUGAGAUGGCCGAGGCGCGAGCUGGCCUCGAAGUCUGUGACUCGAGCCCGUCGGUGGCGCCGCUCCGACCUCAGUCCCCUCCGGCGCGCGGCGUGGGGGCUGGGCCGGCAGCCGGGAUCCCGGCGUCCUGUCCCGUCCCUGCGCGCGGCAACUUCGGCCCUCGAGUCUGUGGACAGCUCUGCGCCCGCAGCUCCGCGUCUCCCCGGAUUGCGCGGUGACCCCCGGUGACAGGGGACGAUCGUGACUGGCUCUCUGGAAUUCGUGCGCGGGAGGUGCCAUGGUCUGCGGGGCCUCCAUUCCCUCCUUUCUCUUCGGAGGGGACCCGUUUUCUCCUGGGUUUUCCAAAAUGGUGGGAAACCGAGGGAAAUCCACGAUCCUGUCGCGGCACCCUCGCCCCCCUCCACCCCGCGCCCAGCUCUCCCUAGGAGUGCCAGUCGUUGCGUAAAUUUCCAGAUCCCUCCUGGCCCACUUCCCAUCUCCAGUUCACAGCGUCACUAGGAACUACUCGUCCUUCAUGGUGCAUUUCAGACAGACCCAGUAUUUCAAUUAUUUAUCUUUUUUUUCCCCCGCUGUCAAUGGAUGGCGCUUUUAAACGGGGAUGGCGUUUUUAAACGGGUUUAGUUUUUGUCCCUGGGUAUUUUACGGAAGAGAAAAGUAGCGAAUAACCCCCUGGAACAACGUUGUAUGAAAUCCUUGUGCCCCUCCUCCCAGGAUCUUUCCUGGGCACAGACAUCCUAUGGGAAGUCCUUUGGCUGGAGGUUCCUCUUUGAAACUUUCUUGGGUGACCUGUCCUGUCAGCAUGGCCUCGCCCUCAGUUUGUCACCUUUAAACGAUUUAUUCAAUUAACUUCAGUCCAAAUUUUUCAAUGAAUAAAAAUUUAUUUAAUCCACACAUCGUGAAAAACAGUGUAAAAUAUUUCCAGAGUCAAGAAAGGGGUGAGUUCAGGGCAAAAAAAAAAAAAUUCUAGUAUUACCCUGCAGGUAUUAUUUUUUACUUUUUUCCUCCCUUGAGUGUGUUACUGAUAUUCUGAGGUCUGUUCUUAAAUUGGGGAUGAGUUCCAAUGGAUUUCCAAGGCUUAGACUUGCAGACCCGUAGUGUUCAACUAUGACUAGUAGUUUAUAAAACAAUUUGUUCUCCUGUUAAUAAUGAACAGCUUAUUAUUUAUUUAUUUUUGUGAAUGCAGUCCAUACUUGUGAGGUUUCUUGUUGAGCCAGUAAAGUGCCUUACAAUUUUUUUCCUUCCUUUUCACAUAAACACUGGGUCUGAGUGGUUUGCUGGAUUGUUCAAACACUGGGUUUAUGUCAUUUAAGAUAUCACUGGUGGUGCAAAGCAAUGUCAGUGGCAGGCAGAGGCCUCAGGACGUGUCUCUAAGCUCUCGCCCCCUUGAGCCUUCAAGGGGAAGUAUAUAAUGCCCAGUUUUUCUUCCUGGAUAGCCUCGCCUACAGGUGUGUGUUCAUUCCUCUGGUUGCUCAGGUGUCCGUAUCAUUCUUUCCAUGUACUGACCCACUCCAGGGCUUCUAUCUCCACCAGGAGUGUCUAGAAGGUAGGGCUUGAGCUCAUGACCCCAAGAUCAGGAGUCACAUAUUCUACCCACUGAGCCAGCCAGAUGCCCCUGGAAUGUCCUGAAUGUGGCUUUCCUUCUGUCCUGUGGGAAGCAGGCUGCUCAAACGUGCGGAUUCUAAUAUUUCUUGAUUUUGGGUUCCGUUACUGAGCCCUUUGGCUCUAGUUUCUUUUAGCACUUGAGCUCUGAAAUUGUGAGUUGAUUGAGAGAUACAAUGGGAGGAAAACAAGAAAAUUGUGGAACUAAGUAGAAUUUGUGUUCUCUUUAGGCAGGAGAACCUCAAGACGUGAGAGGCACUCAAUUAAGUUUUCUUAAGGUCAUUUUUUAUUUUUGGAUCAAUUAGUGCAUGUCCAUGCCCCUAGAGAAUGCUGACAUUCAACAGGCUAAAGCAGUUGAAUUCCUGUUUGUUUGUUUUUUUUUUUAAAGAUUUUAUUUAUUUGACAGAGAGGCACAGCGAGAGGGAGGGAACACAAGCAGUGGGAGAGGGAGAAGCAGGCUUCCCGCCAAGCAGGGAGCCCGAUGCGGGGCUCGAUCCCAGGACCCCGGGAUCACGACCUGAGCCGAAGGCAGACGCCUAACGACUGAGCCACCCAGGCGCCCCAUUGAAUUCCUGUUUUAAUUGAUGUGAGGAAAACUGCCCAAAGCCUAUGUAAAUAUAUGAAAAUCCAGUACAUGUAAGGAGCUGAACUCAAACACCUAAUGUAGGUAAUAUGCUACUUAUUCCUGGAAAAUACCGUGUGUGUGAUAUAGGGGAAGGACAAACUGUGAUGCCCCAUGUCCUGUUAGUUAGACAUUUGAAAAUUUUCAUAAACCAUACAAAUGGUUUACACUUUUGUAACCUUUAGUGUUUAAAGGAAUUAUAUCUUAAAAUGGUUUCCUGUGUACAAAGUUAAAAUGAAAUCAAGACUGUUAAAUACUUUAAUAUACAUAAAUUCGUGUGUGUGUAUAUAUAUAUAUACAUAUAUAUAUAUAUUUUAAAGAUUUUAUUUAUUCCAGAGAGAGAGGGGGAAGGAACAGAGGGAAAGAGACAAGCCAACUCCACGCUGAGCGCAGAGCCUGAUGCGUGCCUAGAUUCCAGGACCCUGAGAUCACAACCUGAGCCAAAACCAAGAGUUGGACACUUAACUGACUGAGCCACCCAGGCACCCCAAAUUUAUAUAUAUUUUAAAAAUAAAUUUGUGAGAUAGGGAGUGUAACUUAAGAAAAUCACCGUGAACAUAUCCUAGUUCCUUCCAGCACUGUUAAGCCCAGCCACCACCAAGUACACAGUUUUGAUAAUUUCUUGAGCCUCCGAUAUCCAACAAGCAAUUGUGAGUGCAUAUUAUUCUUGCUGAUGUUUGUCCUUGUAAUGAGCAGUCAGACUUUGCAUUUUUGCAUGUUUGAGUGCUGACAGGUAAAGCCUCACCUCCCCCCUCUGCCCCCCACCCCUUGUGCUCCCAGCUAGACAAGCCGAUGAGAAAGCCUGGGUGGUCUCUCCUCUAGAGCAGGCAGGAGAUUCCAACCAGAAAAGCCCCUGCCUGUGUGCAGAACUCUUGCCCCUGCCCCACUCCCUAACCCCAAUGAACUCCUUACCCAGCCAGUCUCUUCUUCAUUCUUUUGAAGCCAUUUCAGAACUGCCUGAGAGGCAGCCUUGCCCUGAGACCUCUGUUACGUGAGUCCUAAGCCUUUUCCUACUGUCUAGGUGCCUGUGUGUGUUGUUGGGGGCUACAGCGCCAUCCCCCUUAACUUCCGAACCACUUCUCAGCAGGUGGCCAUGACCGUUGAUGCCAUGAGGAGCAUGUACACAUGCGACCACCCUUCCAUGGAUCUGUUUUCUCUCGCUUUAAGUUGCUCACCUGCUCCGCUGCCUCAUGGUGGCAUGGACUGCUGGGGGCUGGGAGCUCGUGCUGUGCCCUGUGCUGUCCUGUGUUGCAUUGGUGACCUAGCAAGCCUCAGUUUUAGAUUGAGCCAACCAAAGUUGGCAGUUGUGAGAAUUUCUAGGCUUUAGGGAGCAGGACUGUUGGAUUGGGGCCCUCCUUACAGUGGUCCUGCAUCGAUGUCUUUGCUGGUUUCUCUCCCUGUGUUAGAGUGAAGCUGUGACAGAGGCUGGGUUGGCCCCUGUACACCCUAUGGAAACAGGUGGCCUCAUUCAAAGGUCACUCCUGGGAGAGCAGACAUUUGAAAAGAGAAAGAAGAAAGAGAGAGUGAAAGGCAGCCCAUAAGUGGUGGGCUGAGUCCACACUCUGAACACCAGAUAGUUGAAUGGGACCUUUGAGUAUCUCUGCUGCUCCUGCCCCUGCCUCUUCUGCAAGAAGUAUCCUGACUCUGUGGAUUUUUGGGGACAACAUCCAUGGCUCCCUGUGGCACAGCAAAGGGAUUAGUCCAAAGCUGACUUAAGCUCCUUGUCCUUAAACCCAUUAAAACAACCAGGUAUCACGGGGAAGGCUCCUAACCCUGAGGGCCCUGAUUUGAGACUCUUAGGAGGAAACCAUUUAUAAAUACCAGGGUAGAGAGGCACCCCCCUGCCAAAGUAUAUCCAGGGACAAAGAAAAGAGGGAUACUCAAGGAUGGGACUAAUAGAUAAAAUACUGAAACAAAGGACCACAAUUUAACCGAAUUGGAAAUCCAAAAUGUACAAAAAGAAUUUAUACAACAAAAAGAAUUUAUACAGCAGAUAAGAAUGCACUGCUCGACUUUUCAGCCUAUACAGCAUAAGUUCUGGAUUAAUUUUGCUAUCUGAUGUAAUUCAUUAACUCAGAAACCAUUAAACAAUCAAUGAAUACUAGGUCUCAAAUUAUAGUUAUACCUAGGAUCCCACUACAUUUUUUUUUUUUUUUUUAGAUUUUAUUUAUUUAUUUGAGAGAGAGAAUGAGAUAGAGAGCAUGAGAGGGGGGAGGGUCAGAGGGAGAAGCAGACUCCCUGCCGAGCAGGGAGCCCGAUGCGGGACUCAAUCCUGUGACUCCAGGAUCAUGACCUGAGCCGAAGGCAGUCGCUUAACCAACUGAGCCACCCAGGCGCCCGGAUCCCACUACAUUUAAGCAGGGUACCUUUGAUGGUCUCACGGGUCACUGAAUAGGAUAUAGGGGACAAACAGCACAGCUGUUUCUUCUUCUUCUUUUUUUUAAGAUUUUAUUUAUUUGACAGAGAGAGACACAGUGAGAGAGGGAACACAAGCAGGGGGAGUGGGAGAGGGAGAAGCAGGCUUCCCGCGGAGCAGGGAGCCCGAUGCAGGGCUCGACCCCAGGACCCUGGGAUCAUGACCUGAGCCGAAGGCAGACACUUAACGAGCCACCCAGGCGCCCCGCAGCUGUUUCUUCUUGACCAUCAGAACUAUGGUCCUGAAAUUCUCCAUGGUCACAGCACUGUCCUAAAAUAACCCAUAGUGAUCUAGGAAGCUCUGAACCAAUGAUUCAUAAAUUAAAUAAGGCCCUUGCCACUUACAAAUUGUCUUCACAAAAUGAGACCUCUUGGACUGUACCCUCUAAGUAGAGUGGUUCAUAUGGCCCGAUGUAAAUUGCAUAGGCCCUUGAAUGAUUGAAGCCAUAUACAAAACCUGUUUAGUGAAGGGUUGAUUAUUCCCAGUGCUUCUCCUUUGAACAGCGAAUUUGACUUAUUCUUUUUUUUUUUUUUUUUAAUUUUAUUUAUUUGAGAGAGAGACUGAGAGAGAGAGAGCAUGAGAUGGGGGAGGGUCGGGAGGGUCAGAGGGAGAAGCAGACUCCCCGCCGAGCAGGGAGCCCGAUGCGGGACUCGAUCCCGGGACUCCAGGAUCAUGACCUGAGCCGAAGGCAGUCGCCCAACCAACUGAGCCACCCAGGCGCCCGAAUUUGACUUAUUCUUUACCUUGAACGAAUGAAUGACACCUCACAGUGGAUUACGGCUGUGGAUUACAGUGGAUUACGACUGUGGAUUACAGUGAAUUACGACUGUGUACACCGUAACUGUGGUCACACUCAAUGGACCUCUAUACCCAGUCCCCAACUCUAUGGAAAUUAUUGACUCAACCAAUCAACAACUGGGUAAAUAUCCUGCGGUCACAGAUUGGGUGGGGUCUGUUCUGUUCAGUGCUUAUCUCAACAGCCUCGCAGCUGCAGUGGCCUUCAUCUUGAAGGGACACAAUACACCUUUCCUGGGUUAUCCUCGUGGAUCUUCAGCAGUUUUGCCCUCCCACACAGUCACUGAAGGCAAAGAUCUGAACUGCAUCCUGGUUUCUCCAAGAACACAGGACUCAGUGGCCUUUGAGGAUGUGACUAUAAAGUUCACCAUGGAGGAGUGGGCUCUCCUGGAUCCGUCCCAGAAGAAACUCUACAGAGAUGUGAUGCAGGAAACCUUCAGGAACCUGGCCUCAAUAGUGUGUAUUUCAGAAGAAAAAUGGGAAAUCCAUGACAGUGAAGAUCAGAAUGAAAAUCGUGGGACAGAUCUAAGCAGUCAAAUGGUAGAAAGGCUCUGUAAAAGUAAAGAAUGUAGUCAGUAUGAAGAAAUCUUCAGCCAGAUUCCAUAUCGUAAUCAGAAGAAGAAAAGUCCUACUGGAAUAAAACUACCUAAAUGCACUUUGUGUGGACAAGUCUUCAUGUAUCAUUCAUCCUUUAACAAGCACAUGAGAUCUCACAUUGGCCACAAACCAUAUGAGUAUCAGGAAUGUGAAGAGAAGCCUUAUAAAUGUAAGGAAUGUGGGAAAUCCUUCAAGCAUCGCCAAUCCAUUCGAAUGCAUGAAAGGACACACACCGGACAGAGGCCCUAUGAAUGUAAACACUGUGGGAAAGCUUUUAUUUGUCACAAUUACUUUCAAAUUCAUGAAAGGGCACACAGUGGGGAAAAGCCCUACAAGUGUACAAAAUGUAGUAAAACCUUUAGUUACUCAAGUAACUUACGUAAACAUGAAAGGACUCAUAUUGGAGAGAAACCUAGUGAAUGUGAGCAAUGUGGUAAAGCUUUCAGUUGUCUCAGGUCCUUUCGAAUACACGAAAGGAUACACAGUGCCAAAAAGCCUAAGGAAUGUACAAAAUGUGGUAAAACCUUCAGUUAUUCAAGUAAUUUACGUAAACAUGAGAGAAGUCAUAAUGGGGAGAAACCCUAUGAAUGUAAGGAAGGUGGGAAAGCCUUGCAUUCUCUUACCAAAUUUCGACGAUACAUGAUCAAGCAAAGUGGAGAUGGACUCUAUAAAUGUAAGGAGUGUGGGAAAGCCUUCAGGUGUCCCAAAAAUUGUCGUAGUCAUGAAAUGACACACAGUGGAGUAAAGCCCUAUGAAUGUAAGGAAUGUGGUAAAGCUUUCAGUUCUCCCAGGUCCCUUGGAAAACACAGAAGAAUUCAUACUGCAAGGAAGCCUCAUGCAUGUAAGGAAUGUGGUAAAGCUUUCCGUUAUCCCAGUUCCCUUCGAAAUCAUGAAAGAACUCAUACUGGGGAGAAACCUUAUAAGUGUAAGGAAUGUGGGAAAGCUUUCAGUUGUCCCAAUUACUUUCGAAUUCAUGAAAGAACUCACACCGGAGUCAAGCCAUAUGAAUGUAAGCAAUGUGGAAAAGCUUUCAGUUGUCCCCAGUCCUUUCGAAUACACGAAAAGACACAUAGUGCAGAAAAACCCUUUGAAUGUACAAAAUGUGGUAAAGUCUUCAGAUAUUCAAGUAACUUACGCAAACAUGAGAGAUCUCAUACUGAUGACAAACGCUAUGAAUGUAAACUAUGUGGUAAGGCCUUCAGCAGUCACUAUUAUGUGCAAAAACAUGAAAGAACUCACACUGGAGAAAAGCCUUAUGAAUGUAAGGAAUGUGGGAAAGGCUUCAUUUUUCGCUCAGGUGUUCGAUCACACAUGGUAAUCCACACUGGAGAUGGACCUUACAAAUGUAAGAAAUGUAAGAAAGCAUUUAUUUCUCCCAGUUCAUUACGAACGCAUGAAAGAACUCACACUGGAGAGAAACCUUAUCAAUGUAAAACUUGUUGUAAAGGCUUCAGUCUUGUUAAUUCUUUACGAAAUCAUGAAAGAACUCAUGUGAAAGAAAGUCUGUGAAAAUAAGGAAUGUAAGAAAGCUGUCAUCUGUUGUAUAGUCUUUCAUGCAUGCUGGAGAGAAAUUACAGAAAUGUACGGAAUGUAGGAAAGCCUGUUUUUUUCAGAACUUACCAAAAAAGUCAGUGGAGAGAAUUCCAUUGGUGGUAAACAAUGUAGGAAAUCUUCAUUUGUCUCACAUCACGGAAAAACCAGGUUAGAUUAUUCACUGAAUUCAUACUAUAGAGCUAACAAAAACUAUAAUUUUUACAGAUAUUUUCAAGGUAGUGUGGAAAUUAUAUGGGAAAGAAGUAAUAUGGGUAAGCUUUGUGAACAUGAAUUCAUGUAGAAUACUUCUGAAAAUCUACAACAUUAAAGAAAUGUAAUGUUAUAUGGUCUUUAUCAGGUAUUCAUUCUUAAAGUAAUUCUUUGUACCAUGGACUUCCACUUACUUUUGCAAGCAGAUAUUGAAGUGAGAUAAUUAUGUAGGUACUUUUAAAGCGAGAGUUCCUAAGUUUAGAAAGUAAAUUUUUCCUUAGUAAUAUUUUUGUAUUCUUAUUUUGAAGUCUGUUGGGUCCAUGGGUAAUUGAAGUAUAUUUCUAAUAUGCAAGUAAGUUUAAUUUUUAUAUUUAAUAUUCUGUAAGGAAAGGAAUGUUGAGAAGUAACACUUUCAUACUUCCCUUUCUCUGGUGCCCUCCUGUGGGGCAAGUACUCAAUAUGCUUUAGCCAUUAUUUCUAUAUUCUGCAUUUCUUUAUUAUCAGAAAGUUCCCUUCUCAUUGGCCUGAAGAGCCUUAUUCUGUUUUCCUAAAUAGUUGCCAUAUAGUUGUGAGUAUGCAAAGUUCAUCAUACAGUAUAUUCUCACAUGAAUUAUUAUUUUCUUCUUUUGUCCUUUGUUCUUUGUCAUUGGUUAUGGCCGGGACUUGGAGUAUAGAGUUACAUUAAGAACAGAGGCCUGUGUGAGAUAGAAUAAUAAAUCUAGAGUUGGAGAUGACCCUCCUUGGUGCUGUUAAUGUCAAAGUCAGUAAUGUGAACUACUGUUCCUAGAAUCUGUUGCAUUUAUGGUUUCAUGUUAGAAUUCACCAAAGCCUAAUGUACAUGAAACUUGGAAUACAGAAGUGAAAUAGGAUUAAGCACAUUUCUCAGCCACCUGUAGAGAGGUAGGUAGAAGCAUACACCUUCACAGACAUGUGCUCCCAGCCUGUUUUCCUCAUUUUUUCCCCUGGCAAUCAAGAAUAAUCUGAAAACCACCAACAACUGCUUGACUUCCAUUUGAUCUGAGCAGUAGGCUUCUACACUUGUCUCCAGAGUUCUACAUCAAAGAUCCAGCAUGGGUUUAAAUUUUCCUGCAAGCCCUCAGGUAUCCACAGAUUUAGAUUGUUAUGGUUGAGAAUGUUCUCUGAAGUGCUACUCCCCUCUUUUCUAGAUUUUAUUCAUAUAAAGUCUAAUUUGUAUAGUAAACAUAUUUUUCUGUUAACACCACUAUUGACUGUGUACUUUUGGGAUGAUGGAGUGUUCUCUUUCUUGAGAGUGUUAUAAUUAUGCAUUUGUGAAAAUGCAUAGGGGUGCCUGGGUGGCUUAGUCGUUAACUGUCUGCCUUCAGCUCAGGUCAUGAUCCCAGGGUCCUGGGAUUGAGACCCGCAUCGGGCUCCCUGCUCCGUGGGAAGCCUGCUUCUCCCUCUCCCACUCCCCCUGCUUGUGUUCCGGCUCUCGCUGUGUCUGUCUCUGUCAAAUAAAUAAAUAAAAUCUUAAAGAAAAAAGAAAAUACAUAACUACUCUUAAAUUAUAUGUGUAUAUUUACUAAAAGCAAUUAAUAGAAAAUGGUAAAAAUGGUUUCACAUGCUAGGAAAAUGUUAAAACCCUAACUUUGAUUUCUUGUGUGCAGUACAUCCUCCAGCAUGUGGUCCUUCUUAGGAAGUAGUCUAAGAAGUGGGGAAGAAGGACAUAGGCCACUAUAGACCUGUCUUGGAACACAGCCUAGAGUUAGAAAACACACUACAGGCCUAUACUUACCCUCAUGUCAUACAUGUAACUGGUAAGAAAGUGAUAAGACUCUCCUGGUGCCACCUUUAACAGCAGGAUUCUCAGAUCAUAUCCUGAGAAUGCUGUUUCCUGAAACAAAAGUGCAUGUAACAGAGAUGCUGGUGGGAGCUGCCUGGAUUUAUCCUAAUCUAAUCUUUGGUUAUCAGCAUCAAGUCCUCCGAGAGUGGGUCUUGAGGCCAUUUCCAGAUGUUAAGUUUCCCAUCUCUUACCUUCUUACCUUCUUGCCUUCUCUGUGCCAGGUUGCUGAGAAACAAGUUUAAGUCAUAUAUAUAUGUAUAUAUAAAAUAUAUACAUAUAUAUAAAAUAUACACAUAUAUACGUAUAUAAUAUAUAAUUUAUAUUAUAUAUUACAUAUAUAUUAUAUAGAGAGAGAGGUAGAGAGAGACUCUUAAGCAGGCUCCAUGCCCAGAACAGAGCACCACCUUGGGCUGGAUCUCACGACCCUGAGAUUAUGACCUGAGCCGAAAUCAAGAGUUGGAUUUUAACCGACUGAGCCACCCAGGUGCCCCCCAGGUUUAAGUUUAAUGCAACACCUGUACUACUCUGGAAAUGUUCUUGGUUGCAACCCCAGGUGACUGUGAAGUGAAGCUGUGGAAGAACUCAGAACGCAGGUCAGGAGGCACAGGCCCCUCAAGCAUAAUAAUCCCUACUGCCCCAUAAACAUCAGCUAUGCACCAACAAGCACCAUUUCACAAUAGUCUCAAAACCUCCAGGGAUGUCAAAAAAGAGAACCCUGCUUUGUUCUAGUCCCACGAGGACAUCAGGUGCCCUGCUGUCCCUAAACCUCCCGCCUUGAGUUCUGUGGCCCAGGCCACCUUGAGGUUUCAGCUGCCCAUAUGCUGACUAAGCCCAGUUUCCCUCGCCUAAGAGCCUCCCUCCAGAGUGAGUUUGGAGCUAACCCCCCAAGGCCCAGGCCUACCCUUUUCUGGAAUAGGACUCACUCUAUACAGAGUUCUGGCUGGUGGUCUGUGGGAAAUGGAGGUCUCUGACAGACCCUCCAUAGCCCUGAGUUUCCCUUUUUAAACAUGGCCCCCAGAAUGCAACAGGGUCCAACGUUAAAAAAGUGGCAGGAACACGGGGGUUUCCCUCCUUCCCGAAAGCCCCAGGCGCAGGAGGUGGUGCCCUCCUUUGUCAGAGGCCACACCAUCUGAUUCUUGAAGAGGCAGAAAUGGGUUGUGGAACAUCUUUUUUUUUUUUUUUUUUUAAAGAUUUUAUUUAUUUAUUUGAGACAGAGAGCAUGAGAGGGAGGAGGGUCAGAGGGAGAAGCAGACUCCCCGUCGAGCAGGGGGAGCCCGAUGCGGGACUCGAUCCCGGGACUCCAGGAUCAUGACCUGAGCCGAAGGCAGUCGCCCAACCAGCUGAGCCACCCAGGCGCCCGGGUUGUGGAACAUCUUGACAUGGUCUUGCAACAGCAUCCAGUGCUUUCCUGAGCUUACAAAGUGAUCUCUCUGUGGCUGUGAGACCUGGGGUCUAGGUCCUGAGGCUGCCACGCUCCCCACCAGCAGACGUUAACUAGGAUAGACAUCGUGGCCUCAGUGAGGACAGGCCCACACGGCUGACCAGAGUGAGGUCUGCACACAGGUGAGGCCUCAGGCGGACAUGGAUACCAUACUGAGGAAAACUCAGCAGAGGACAUGGCAGCUGAGGGGGGAGAUACCAAUCUGUGCUCCCCUCCGUGAAUCCACCAAAGAAAAGCAAAAUGCGGGGCACCUGGGUGGCUUAGUUGGUUAAGCGUCUGACUGUUGGUUUCGGCUCAGGUCAUGAUCUCAGGUCAUAGGAUCAUGCCCCGCAUGGGGCUCUGUGCUCAGCAGGGAGUCCGCUUGAGAUUCUCUCUCUCCCCCUCUGCCCCUCCCACCCUAACAUAAAUAAAUAAAUCUUAAAAAAAAAAAAAGCAAAAUGAGGACAUGUAAUGUCAUGAGGGGUGUGUUUCUGGAUGCAAUUAUAGCAGCAUGAGGGGCUGGCACACGGUGGCUCCAGCUGUCAUGGGCCCCAACUCACCUCUUGAGGCUCCUGAGUUGCGUUCUUUUAUUUUUAUUUUUUUUCUUUUUUUCUAAAGAUUUUAUUUAUUUAUUUGACAGAGAGACAGUGAGAGAGGGAACACAAGAAGGGGGAGUGGGAGAGGGAGAAGCAGGCCUCCCGCUGAGCAGAGAGCCCGAUGUGGGGCUCCAUCCCAGGACCCUGGGAUCAUGACCUGAGCCGAAGGCAGACGCUUAACGACUGAGCCACCCAGGUGCCCCUGAGUUGUGUUCUUUUAGAGAUGGCCUUGUAUGGUUUCUGCUUAGGAAGUGUGAAGUCACUGGACCAUCAGGAGGGGCACAUGGAUCCUCCUUUGGGGGUUUGUUUGGGGGCCAGGUGAGACCUCUCUGUCACAUGGGAAGGAGAUGAGAACAAUUCACUCUGCUAUGAUCAAGACAAGCAGACAUGGUUCCUAUGAUGAGGUUGGGGUGUGUGAGUGUCUGUGAGGCCAGUUAGUCAAUAAGGGUCGAUCUCCAGUGUAACAGGCUCUCUAGUAGGUGCUGCAGUGAAUGAUAUGAAGCAAAUAUCCUUGUCCUCUUGAGGCUGACAUUCUAGGAGACCAGAAACAAGACAUGCAAGUAAGAUACGUAAUGUAUCAGGUGGUGCUUAGUCCUAAGGAGGGAGAGAAAGCUUCAGGGGAGUACAGAGGGCCUGGGCUGGGUGCCUCUGGGCCAUUAUCUCUGGGGGUUCGUGAAUUUGGGUGUCUGUGUGUCCACAAAAAUGUGCCACGACAGUCUGUGAUUCCAUAUGUCAGCCUGGGAAGGUAUGCAUAUAUGUUCUCUGGAACCUGGAAUGCUUUCAUUUUUUUUUUCUUGCCUAAUUGCCCUUGUAACACCUCUAUUACACAUUGAAAUGAACUGGUGAGAGUAAACUUUUUUGUCUUUUUUCUGAUCUUAGAAAACUUUUAUUUUUGGGCGCCUGGGUGGCUCAGUUGGUUAAGCAACUGUCUUCGGCUCAGGUCAUGAUCCUGGAGUCCUGGGAUCGAGUCCCGCAUCGGGCUCCCUGCUUGGCAGGGAGUCUGCUUCUCCCUCUGACCCUCCCCCCUCUCAUGCUCUCUCUCUCUCAUUCUCUCUCUCAAAUAAAUAAAUAAAAUCUUUAAAAAAAAAAAAAGAAAACUUUUAUUUUUUCACCAUCAAGUAUUUGUUAGCUCUGGGUUUUUCAUUGAUUACCUAUUUCAUGCUGACAUAGCUUUUUGAGGUAGUUUAUCACAGUUUAUUGAGUGUUUUCCUUGUGAAGGUAGGUUGAACUCUGUCAAAUGCUUGUUUGUGUUAGUUGAGAUGAUUCUGUAGUUCUUGACAUUUAUUCUAUUAAUGGUUCGUUGCAUUAAUUCAUUUUCAGAUGUAAAACCAACAUUGUUUCCAUGGUUUGAAUCCCAAGUAGUCAUGAUGUUUAGGUCAUUUUAUAUAUUGCUGGAAUCAGUUUACUAGUAUUUUGUUGUGGCUUUUUUCAUGUAUAUUAAAAGGAAGUAUUUGUGUACUGUAUUAUAAUGUUGUAUAUAGUAUAAAAUCAUCCAAUAUGGUACGGCGUAUACUUUUACAGACUAGUAUUUUAGUGUUAGUAGCAUAAUGGGUAUCAUUACCAUGUUUGUCCAUGGAGUUAUUCAAAUAAGCCAUUCACAUACCCCCAUGGCUUACAGGAGCACCUCACCAAGUUGAUACCGCACAGCCCACCUCACUUUGCUCCCGUUUGUUUUCUCUGCUCCAGAGUGGAACUGAAGUGUCAGUAUAUGUUUCCAAAAAUUGAAGUAAUUUAUUAGCCUGACAAUUGAAAUGAGUCUGUCCAGUUUGACUUUUAUUAUGUGCAAACGCAUAUGUGACCCUCCGUUGUAUUCGAGUCGUUACGGGGCAUAAUUAUCCUAGAGUGCUUUAUCCCAAAGGGGUGACCUUAGAUAAGGAGUUCUUGGUGCCAGGCAGCUAGAUCAUGGGCAAUGGCCUAAAGGUCUGUAAAAAUGUGAAGAUAAAGUAGACUGUUGGCCAGGAGCUCCUCCAGCAUGAUUUUCUGGAGUAUAAUUAAUCCUCCUGCCCACUGGGUCCUGUCUUUGAUCAGGGAUGGCCUGGUUAAGGACAGAGAGCAGUUGUCCCAUGUUCUCCAUCACAUGUGCUGGCGCUGUGCUACCAUGGAUAUUAAAACAGGUGCAAGAUACAGUCUUAAAUGAACAGGAGAGCAAAGUUUAUUUCAAAAUGUAAACCAUGUCACCUCUGCAUAUCAAAGAGAAGAAAGAAAAAUAUGUACUUUAAAUUGCUCCUUUUUACAUAACCGCUGAAAAGACAAGAAACAGAUUAUGUUGUUAUCUACAGGAGCAUGGGGAAACUAGAUGCCAAUGCCAGAAGACAUGCUGGGAGUGUCUUUAGGUACAUGUCUACAUCUCAGGCUAAGUUUCUAAACUUGAUAAUCACAAUAAACAAUUCAUGAAAAAAAAGUCUGUAUUAUCCCCAUAUUUGUGCACAUUACCCAUAUUGAUUUAUAGGUCACUUAGAGUUACAUUUAUUGAUUUAUUGAUCACUUACUGAUCUAGAUAAAAAGAAAAGAUUCAAAUGCGUACAAUCAGGAAGAGGGACAUUGCUACUGACAUUACAGAAAGAAAAGGAUGAUAAAAGGAUUUAAUGAACAAUUGUAUAGCAACAAAUUAGAUAACUCAGAUGAAAUGGACAAAUUCCUUAAAACAACAAACUAAUGAAACUACCUCAAGAAUAAAUGGGAAAUCUGAACAUCUCUGUAACAAGUGAAGGGGUUGAAUUAGUAAACAAAGAACCACCACAAAUUAAGCCUAGGCCCAGAUGGCUUCAACACAGAAUUCUCCAAAAUAUUCAAAGAUUAUUUAAUACCAAUCCUUCACAUCUCUUUUAAAAAUUAAAACGGAGGGGCGGCUGGGUGGCUCAGUCAGUGAAGCGUCUGCCUUUGGCUCAGGUCAUGAUCUCAGGGUCCUGGGAUCAAGCCCCGCCUUGGACUUUCUUGCUCAGCGGGGAGUGUGCCCCUCCCUCUUCCUCUGACCCCCUCCCCUGCUCAUGCUCUUCUUCUCUCCCUCUCAAAUGAAUAAAUAAAAAAUCUUUAAAAAAAUAUACAAUAGCCAGGAUAUGGAAACAACUUAAGUGUCCUUCAAUAGGUGAAUGGAUAAAGAUGUGGCAUAUAUACACAAUGAAAUAAUACUCAGCCAUAAUAAAAAAUGAAAUCUUGCCAUUCAUGACAACAUGGAUGGACAUACAGAGCAUUAUCCUAAGUGAAAUAAGUCAGAGAAAGACAAAUCUCAUACGAUUUCACUUAUAUGUGGAAUGUGAAAAAAAAAACCAAAAUGAACAGACAACAUUUUUUUUGUUGUUGAGAAACAGAGUCAUAGGGGCACCUGGGUGGCUCAGUCGUUAAGUGUCUGCCUUCGGCUCAGGUCAUGAUCCCAGGAUCCUGGGAUCCAGCCCCAUUCAGGCUCCCUGCUCAGCAGGAAGCCUGCUUCUCCCUCUCCCACUACCCCUGCUUGUGUUCCCUCUCACGCUGUCUCUCUGUCAAAUAAAUAAAUAAAAUCUUAAAAAAAUAAUAAAAAUAAAAAAACAAAACACCAACCAUAAAAAAAAAAGAAACAGACUCAAAGUAUAAACCAAUGGUUGCUAGAAUAGAGGGGGUUGAGGGGACAGGUGAAAUAAGUGAAGAGGAUUAAGAGCUACAAACUUCCAGUGGCAAAAUAAAUAAGUCAGUGGGAUGAAAAGUACAGCAUAGGGAAAUAAGUCAAUAACUUUGUAUGGUGACACAUGGUAACUACACCUUUCUGGGUGAGCAUUUUGUAAUGUAUGUAAUUGUUGCAUCACUGUGUUCUACACCUGAAAUUAUAUAUAAACAAUACUUCAAUUUAAAAAAUUGUACAAGUACAGCUGCACCUGGCUGGCUCAGUUGGUAGAGCAUGUGACUCUUGAUCUCAGGGUCAUGAGUUCAAGCCCCAUGUUGGAUGUGGAGCCUACUUAAAAAAAAAAGAAAGAAAGAAAAGAAAAAAAUUGGAUAAGUACAAAAAAAGUUAUAGAGAAUACCUCACACUUAUUUUGUGAACCCGCAAACCCAAUCCAGCGUUAUAUAAGAGAAUUCUACAACAUGACCAGGUGGGAUUUAAUCCAAAGAUGAAAACUUGGGUUCAUAUCUGAAAAUCCAUUAUUGUUAUAAUGAAGGAUAUCAACAGAGUAAAAACUAAAAUGGCAAGAUCUUCUCAAUAGCCUCAGAGAAAAUAAGGCAAAAUCCAAUAUGCUUUUUUAAUUAAAGCAUUCUGUAUAUCAGGAAAAGAAGGAAAUUAACCUCAUUAUGAGCAUCUGUGGAAAAUCCAAACUAAUAUUAUUUUUAGUGAUGAAAGACUGGAUGCUUCCCCCUGAAAGUAAGGAACAAAAGAAUAUCUGCUCUUGCCACUUAUGUUUGGGGAUGUACUGGCUAUUUUAGCCAAAACUAUUACCCAAGAAAAGGAAACAAUGCAUUAAGAUUGGUUAGGAAGAUGUAAAACUAUCUCUCUUCCUAUUGAUAUAUCUUAUUUUUAGAAAACUCUAAAGAACCCACUAAAAAAAAAACCCUCUUAGGAUGGAUAACUGAGUUCAGCAAGUUGGUUGGAUAUAAGAUCAAUAUGGAAAAAUGAAUUGUAGUUCUGUACACUUGUAAGGAACAAUCCAAUAAUGAAAUUAAGAAAUGCACUUACAAUGAAAUCAAGAGGAAUAAAAUACUUAGGGAUAAUUUAGCAAAAGAGGUACAAAAUGAAUACUCAGAGGGCGCCUGGGUGGCUCAGUUGGUUAAGCGACUGCCUUCGGCUCAGGUCAUGAUCCUGGAGUCCCUGCAUUGAGUCCCGCAUCGGGCUCCCUGCUCAGCGGGGAGUCUGCUUCUCCCUCUGACCCUCCCCAAUCUCAUGUGCUCUCUCUCAUUCUCGCUCUCUCAAAUAAAUAAAUAAAUAAAUUUAAAAAAAUGAAUACUCAGAAAGUAUAAAACAUGAGUGAAAGAAAUUAAUAAAUGUGUAAAUCAAUGGGAAAGUGGAUCAGAAGACUUAACACUGUUGAAAUGGCACUAGCCCCUAAAUGAUCUAGAGACUCAACACAAUACCUAUCAUGAUCCCAGCUUAUCCCCCUUAUAUAAAUUGUUAAGAUGGUUUUUAAAAUUAUAUGGAAUUGCAAGGGAAUCAGAAUACCCAAAGUACUCUUGAAAAAGAAAAACAAAGUGGUAGGACUAACAUUUCUGGUAGUAAGAUUAAGUGGUAGGAAGAUGGGAAGAUGGGAAAGUGAAAGCUAAGGGCUACAGGACUUUCUUUUUGAGGUGACAAAAAUGUUGAAAAAUUGUGGUGCUGAUUGUGCAUUAUCUGUGAAUAUACUGGAAACCUCUGAAUUGUACAUACUAACGGGAUGUAUUUUAUGGUGUUUGUAUUCUAUCUCACUAAAGCUAUUCAAGUAAAUAAAUGCAUUAGGGCUUUAUUGAACACAACUUGCAACAUCUGGUUGGUCAGAGAAGAGUAGCUUAUGAAUGGUCACUGAAGAGUCUGUGUGCCAAGGCUCGGGCUGUGGGGUUCAAACUUGCCACCAGAGCCAAGUGCGUGGGAGCCCACGGAGUGCUUUUCUUUUUUUUUUUUUUAGAUUUUAUUUAUCAGGGAGAGAGAGAACAAGCAGAGGGAGCGGCAGAGGGAGAAGCAGGCUCCCUGCUGAGCAAGGAGCCCCAUGCGGGACUCGAUCCCAGGCCCCUGAGAUCAUGACCUGAGCAGAAGGCUGCCACUUAACCCACUAGGCCACCCAGGUGCCCGGAGCCCAUGGAAUUCUUCAGUUACUGUAUAGACCGUUACUCUGAGGUAUAUAAAACUAUGAGAUGUUUUGCAAGAUCCCAACUUGGAAAAAAACACAUGAAAAUUUUAAAAAACUCACUGACACCAUUAGAAGAGGAAUCACCGGUCCUGGGCGAAAACUAAGGCACAACCAGUUUGAGCCAGACCAGAACUGAAGCAUGCGCAGAAGUCCCGAGCAACUGCCUAAGUUACCUUUAGUGCAUUGCUAAUACUAAAAUCUUCCAGGGGCAGGGGUGUUCCACCGUUUUUUGAACUGCGACCUAUGUACUAGCAUGUGAACACACUAAGCAUGCGUGAUAAACCUAAAAUGCCUAAGUAAUAGAAUAUGUGUAAAUUCCCUAACGCAUAUGCAAGCUUCCUGCCCCUGCCUCCUCAGCACACUAAAUAAAAGAUAAUUGCGUUAAAACACUGCUUUGGGAAAUACUCCCAGUGUUCUCUUUAUUUGCUGUAAAUAAAAGUCUUCUACACCAGACUGUACGUCUGGGACAUGUUACUGCCUCACACUCUGGGAGGGAAUGGACUCAUUGAAUUAGGUAACAACAGUCCCACAGGUGAGGGAGUGGAGAAGGAAUGGGUGGAGCCUCAGAGCUGUCAUC